GCUGCCAUCCAGAAGCCGUGAGUACCGGAGGCUUCGCCAAGGGUCCGAGCCGGGGUGCCGGUACCUCUGCCAUGGAUAUCCCGCCGCUGGCCGGCAAGACCGCGGCGCUGUCGCUCGGUGCCUUGCCGGUGUCCUACGCGCUCAACCACAUCUCGGCGCUCUCGCAGCCUGUGUGGGUGGUACUGAUCAGCGCUUUGAUCCUGGGUCUGCUCUUCCUGGCCAUUUACAGCCUGUCUCGUGGUGAGAUAAACCAUGAUCCACUCUAUGCCGUCUUCACCAUCUUCGCCUUCACCUCAGUGGUGGACCUGGUCAUCGCACUCCAGGAAGAUGGCUACGUUGUGGGCUUCAUGGAGAUUUACACCAAGGAGGGUGAGCCCUAUCUGCGCACAGCACAUGGCAUCUUCAUCUGCUACUGGGAUGGCAUGGUGCACUACCUCUUCUACCUGGCCAUGGCAGGUGCCAUCUGCAAAAGGAAAAGAUACCGGAACCUUGGACUGUACUGGUUGGGGUCCUUCGCCAUGAGCAUACUGGUUUUCCUCCCAGGAAACAUACUUGGCAAAUACAGUUCAGAGAUCAGACCUGCCUUCUUCCUCGCCAUCCCAUACGUGCUGGUCCCAUGCUGGGCCGGCAUAAGGAUCUUCAAUCAGUCUCGGGCACUAACCUGCUAUGCCACAAGCAUGGUACAGGAGGAACAGAGGAAAAGCCUCCUACAACGCCCAGCUGACCUGGCGCUCAUCAUAUACCUCAUCCUUGCUGCAUUUUUCACCCUCUUCCGAGGCCUGGUGGUCCUCGACUGCCCCACAGAUGCUUGCUUUGUCUACAUCUACCAGUAUGAGCCCUACCUUCGGGACCCUGUGGCCUAUCCAAAGGUGCAGAUGCUGAUGUAUCUCUUCUACGUCCUGCCCUUCUACGGCCUGGCUGCCUACGCCCUCACCUUCCCUGGCUGCUCCUGGCUUCCAGACUGGGCCUUGGUGUUUGCUGGUGCCAUUGGCCAGGCACAAUUUGCCCACAUGGGUGCUUCUAUGCAUCUGCGUACACCCUUCACCUACCGAGUGCCAGAUGACACCUGGGCCUGCUUCUUCUUGAGCAACCUGUUGUUCGCGCUGGGCCCACAGCUACUGGCCCUCCGCUGCCUGUGGCGGCCGGCCUUCUUCCUGCCCCGGCCACACGAUGCACCCCAGGCCCACCUGAAGAAACAGCAGUGAACAAUCCCGGCUUGAGACCGCUCAGCAGCCUUGCCCUGCAAGGAUGGGUGGGUGGCUCUUUCAGCAACCAGAGGAGGAUGUCCCCAGAUCCUCAUAGAGCCACAUACAAUAUCACCAUGCCCCCUAAAGUCCAUGUGGACUCUUCUGCUCCUUCCAGAAUUUAUCUAUCAUCCCUCACCCUGUCCUGAGGGUUCUUUAAAUAAAAGUCUUUCUGAUGUC